AUGUACUUCAUCUCCAUCGUCUCCUUUGUCUUGGCUCUCGCUGCCACGACCGUUGUCUCGCGGCCGCCCCUCAAGAGCUUUCACCAGGUCCGCAACACCCGUCGUUCCGGCCGCGCGCGCAGCUCGACAGCUUCGAACAACACCGUCAUCGAUGUGACAGCAACGGCUGGCGCUUUCUUGAAUGCGACUGAGGGCACUUUCUCGAGCGUCACGGGGUCGUUCAUGAUUCCGACGCUUAGUGUGCCUGAGGGCAAGGACCCCAGUAAACUCUACGCUGCAUCCGCCCAGGGUCGGCCUUGGCGCCAUCAGCUGCGAGAACGCCCUCACGGUUGGUAUCGACCUCACUCUCCAAAAUGA